CUUGGGUUUACCCUACUGUAACGAUUCCUGACAGUAUAGCUUAUUGUACUUGUGCAUGUACUUGACUUGUGCAUGUACUACAGUAGACUCGGAUCUGUACGGUAUGAGCUCUCAAAGACUAGAUCUACAUCUAGGCUUGAGUGAGGAGAAUCCAUUCACACAUAGCAGAGAGGAGGAAUUGUCCAGCGAUUCCACAGGAGGACCCAAGGAAGUUCGUGAAUUUGAAAUGGAAAUAGUCGAUACCAGGAAUGACGUAGAUCUAGGUAGUUUGGGAGCACCACUCGCCUCUCAGAGUGUGGGUUCUUACAUUCCUCGGCCUAUUUUGCAUACUGCUUCUGAUCCAAUGGAUACUUUCCAGAGGGUACUGAACAUCUUUGAAGUGCUCAAAAAACACAGCAUGUCUUUGCUGAGUAAGCCCACUCUGGAGGAACUGAAAACAAUCAACAAUAUUUACUCCCAAAGAAGCAUGCAGAUCAGCUUCUUUGGUCUCCAUAACACUGGAAAGACCACUCUGAUCAAUACACUUCUUGGAAAUAGAAUUCUCCCUGAGAAUAUGAUGAAUGAGAGCAGUGUGACAGUCAGGAUUCGUUCUCACCAGGAUACUUACCCUUUGCUUCUGGUCGAAAUUGACAAUGAUGAAUGGACAAUGGUGCAUCACAGAAAAGGAGCAGACAGUAUUCAAAAGACAAUUAAGAAGCUAAACGAACAUGCCAGGAAAAAUAAAAUCAUACCUGACAGUGUGGUAGUGAGUGUAUCAGCUCCUGAGUUGUUUGGUAGAGUUGAGGAAGGAUGGCAAGCAUUUCUCCUUGACAACCCUGGGUUUGGAGAGGACAAUAAGUGUGUUCAGCAAGUUGCCAUGGCAGCUGUGGCCCCCAGUGCAGCGUAUGUGUUUCUCACUACCGUUGACUCUAUAGGAGGAACUGUGAAUGCUGAUUUCUUCAGGGAUCUGAAGAGUCGUGACAAAAGUGCAUUCUCUGAUGGACGAUUGAUUGUAGUUCUCACAAAAAUGGAUAUGGCCUACUUAAACAUGGAUGGUUCUGAUGUUAGGAAGCCUGAAGAACUAAUUAAGGCUGUUUGUGAGAAGAUCAGUGAAGCUACCAACAUCCCCAAUGUCAGAGCAGACAUUGUCUUACCCAUCAGUUGCCGCUGGUAUGAAAAGAGUAGAAAACUUGCGGACGCAUAUCCGGAUAUGGAGGAAAGACACAGAGAUAAUGCGAUAAGGUCGCUAUUCGACUAUCCUUAUCUUGAAGUCGAGGCAACUGGACAAGGGAUAAGUCGAAACCAAGCUCUUUUUGAUCUACCAUCGUCACAAAUUGUGAAAUGUCUUGAAGAUGCCAGCGGCGUUCCUCUCCUGAAAGAAAGACUUGGAAGAAUGAUGAGUGAUACGUGUGUGUCAACUUGGAGAACAAAAGUACUUGUUGGGUUCCAAGGCUGUCUAAUCCAUGCUGUAGACGAGCUGGAAAGACAUGCUGACAGGUUGAGGAGACUAAUAAAAACUGAAGGUGAAAAGGUGGCUUGUGUAAAGCCUGUGGUAACUCAUGUGAUUGAGAAGAAGGAAGAAUUGAGUCACUACCUAUCAGUGUCUACGCAAAAAAGAGUAUGUGAAGAGCUGGAAGAACGGUUUGAUGUGGAUUUGUCUAGCAGCACCUUAAGUCGGAUAGUUGAUGUUGUAGUGAAGAACUUGUUUGAUGACUUUCAAAAGAAGUGUGCGGCAAGAAUACAAGAUCCAAUGGAUGCUUUUGGGCCCAGUCAAUUUGAUAGCGAUCUAGAAAUGUUCCUCCAGCAAGCAAGCACAAGUAUCGAAUCAGUCAUUAACAACAGUUUCAUUUUCGAAGCUCUGCCACAUGCACUGGUUACAUGGAAUGAUCAAGUGGAAUACACAUACAGGGAAUUGUGUCUUAGAGCUAACAAUCUGUAUCACACUGUAAGAAAGAGUGAUAAAGGUGGAGCACCUCAAAGUCCUGAAGCGCUAGCUGACCGGUCCCAUGUGCAGAAUCCUGCUAAGCUGAGGAGUAAUCUUGGAGACCUAAAGAGUGAAAUCUAUAUCCCACCUGUGUCUUUAAGUAGCUGGGAGAAGUUUAAGAAAUUCAUCAAAUUACUGUUUGUGAAUGGGAGCCCUGAGAUCCUCAGUCAAGGAGCACAGCAAAUGCGAUACAAAUCUAUGGAUGUGAUCAGUGAUGUCUUCUUGUCAUUAAAAGAAACCCUUGGGAAAGUUUGCUUAGAGUACAUUGCUCGGAUAAAACCAACAGCUGUGAAGCAUCAUCAUUCUAAGUAUGAGAAAAAGGUCGAGAAGUGUCUCUCAGAUUUCAAGAAGCAGUAUGCAGCCAUUGUUACUGAAGCAGAAGGUUAUGUAAGAAAGCUAGAAAAAAGGAAAGAGAGUCAUCGAAAGCAGCUGUGCUUCUCUGUUUACAGCACUGCAGAGUGCAAGGAGAUAGAUCAUGGACUGAAACAACAUUUAGCGUAAAUUUUUGUCGUUAUUGCUUGUAUAUAUGUUUUACUUAUACCUGUAGAUAUACCACCUAGCUAUAAUAUAUAUUUUGAUCGA